AUGGCGCCGCGCGAUCCCCCGUCCUCCUCCCCGUCACUCUCCUCUUCGUCUUCCGCUUCGAGCAAUGCGCGACCCGCGUCUCCCGAGGCGUCGUCGGCCGCUAGGUCAGCUGCGCCGCUUGUAGCUUUCACAGCGACGGCUUAUUCGAAGAUGGUCAUGCAUGCGUCAAAGCACACGCAGGACGCGGUUAACGGAAUUCUCCUUGGCCGCCUGCUUCCGCCUCCCUCGAACAAUGCAAAGAAGGAAGAAAGACAACAAACCAUUCUGUGCGUCGAUACCGUGCCGCUGUUUCACUCGUUCAUUCUGCCUCCGAUGAUGUCCUGCGCAUUCGAGUUGGUCGAGGAGCUCUGCGCAGAAGGCCGCCGUCGCAUGGCCCGUCUGCGCGCGGGAGGCGACGGCGCGAGUGAGGCCUCUGAGGCGGAGGCAGAGAAAGAGAAAGAAGAGACUCCGGUUGCCCAGCGGGACCAAGAGGGCGAUCUCAGAGUCGUCGGGUAUUAUCACUGCAACCUCGUCACGCCGCCGACCCCUGAAUCCGUCGCGGAACCUUCCACGGUCGCCGCGAUGGCGGCCACCACUGUGCAAGAGAAGUACCCAAAUGCGAUUUUCUGCAUGGUAAGAAUGCCAGAGACCUCAGCGGCAGAAGCUGCGACGAACGCAGUGACCGCGGAGAGGAAAGCUUCACGGGAAGUGAAGGUCUACCGCAUGCAGAGCGACAAAUGGCGGCUGGUCGCGGAGCCGCAUGACGUUGUUGUCUCGGAGGCUGCGCGCUACAUCACGAUGAACGUGAUUCGCGAUGCGACCUACAUGGGCCUCAAGGACAUGGACGACCACCUCUUCGACCCGAGUCUGAGCCCGGCGAACCUCUCGCUGCUCUGCGGCUAUGAGGAACUCCUGGAGAAAGAUCGAGAGGAGCUGUGCAGCGUCGGCGUCGCGGCGGGCGCGGACGAUAUCGGUCUUGCCGGCAUUCCGCUCUAA